AUGUCUCUAGCUAUGAUUUGUGUAGACGCAUGCGCAUUAAGUAAAGACAACUCGCGUUAUCUUCUUCAGGAGGCAGCCAACAAACUCCGGCAGGGCACAGACCCCGAGGGAAUGUACAGGGCUCUAGAUCUGGUGGAGAUCUGCGUGAAAAACAAUGGCAUUGAUUUUGCUCGGUACAUGGAUGAGUACUUCUUGCGGUCGAUGGCAAAGCUUCUCAAGCUCACCCUUCAUACACCCUGGAGUCGCGACAGACCCGAGGAUCCACGGUUUGCGUUGCGUUGCGUCGCAGACUCCUUUGUCCUGCAGCAGGACAGGUGCCCCGAGAUCUUCUCUAUGUACAGAAAGCUCAGGAGCAAGGGCGUGGAGUUCCCUCAAGUCGACAGAUCCCAGAAAUACCUGGUGAAGAAUGCAGAGGAGUCUCCUGCGUUUGAUGUGGCGCCCCCCCCUCCUCCUUCUGUCUCCUCGCGACCUGCACGUAUUCAGUCGGGGUCUGUAAGAGAGGAGAGUGCUUCAAUAGAGAAGCUGGUUAGCAGCAUUCGCAGAUCUCUGUCUGUCUUGGGGUCUCCGGGGGCCCCUCAUAAAGAAAGGGUUGAGGCGUACAUACACCUGAAGCGCAGCAGGGGGCCCCUAGCUAGCUGGCUGCAGUCUCUUUCAACAAGCGACGGAGACAUACACCGCAACAUCUCUUCGCUUUCUGCUGGGCUUGAGCUAGCAGAUCAGGUAGAUAAACAGCUUGCAAAAGGAGAGCCUAAACCCAAUACCCCACAUGGAGACAAACUGCAGCAGCAGCAGCAGCAGCAGCAGCAGAAGCAGCAGCAGCAACAGCAGCAGAAGCAGCAGCAGCAGCAGCCUCUCAGCCUGCUUGACCUCACCUUCGGAGAUACACAAGAUCAGAGCAGUGCCGCCCCACAGGGGGGAGCCUCCAAUCCUCCUGCUGCUCCUGCUGCUGCUCCUGCUGCUGCUCCUGCUGCUCCUGCUGCUGCUGCUGCUGCUGCGUCUCGCCAGUCGGGGUUCUUUGGGGCCCCACCACCUCCGCUGCUGCCUCCACCUCCAUCAUUCCAACCAGCAGCACCAGCAGCAGCACCAGCAGCAACAGCAGUCUCGCCUCCUGCUGCUGCUCCUGCAGCAGCAGCAGCAGCAGCAAGGACGAGGAGCGGGGGAGACACUCCAGAGGAUCCCUGGGCUGCGUUUAGCGGUCUAUCUCCUGGAGGGCAUCUGUCUCUUUGCUCUUCUGUCUCAGACUCCCUGUCUCCUCCCAAGGCACAGCCACCCAACCCAUGCAGCAGCAGCAACAGCAACAGCAACAGCAGCAGCAGCAGCAACAGCAGCGGUACUUCAGCAGGGGGCUUUUGUGCAGGCAGCUGCGCGUCCCCUUUGUCUGUGGGGCCUCAGGUACUGUCUCCUCGCCCGAGUGGGGGCCCAUCCUUCACGGCUUCACCUGCAGCAGCAGCAGCAACAACAACAGCAGCAGCAGCAGCAGGGGCCCCUUCUUCUCCUGGGGGGCUCCAGGACUGGGGUUUUGCUGCUGCAGCAAUUGGGGAGCCCUCGCCUACUAGAGGGUCUUCAGCAGCAACUCCGUGGCAGGCCCCUCCCUUUGGAGAUUUUGCUGCUUCUCCUCAGCAAGGGCCCCCCCUGCAGCUGCAGCAGCAGCAGCAGCAGCAGCAGCAGCAGCAGCAGGGGCCCCAAGGGGGCCCCCGAGGGGCUGGGGAGGCCCCCUGGGGGAACCUCCCUUUUGCAAACCGCUUGGCCCUCAUGGGGCCCCCAGCCCCUCGCUCGCUAGAGGAAGACCCUUUUGCUGACUGCGGGCCCGCGCUGCCGCAGCAGCAGCAGCAGCAGCAACAGCAACAGCAGCAGCAGCAGCAGCAGCAGCAGCCUAUGUUGCUACAGCAGCAGCAGCCGCCAACCCAACAAACAAUGCCUUUUGCCUCUGGUGCUGGAAGGGGGCCUAGCGAUGCAGGUAACAGCAGUGACCAGCCCCAGCUGCAGCAGCAGAAGCAGCAGCAGCAGCAGCAGCAGCAGCAGCAACAGCAGCAGCAACAGCAACGCAUAGCACAAGCGUCGUCUGCUUGGGGUGCAUGCAGUCCCUUCAGUGCGGUGUCUGUACAAGGGGUAGGUGGCCCCUCUGUCUCUCCUUCUUCCCGCUGCAGCUCAAGGGCCCCCUCUCCGCGCCGUACCGGCAGUGGUGCUUCUGCAGCUGCUCCUGCUCCUGCUCCUGCUGCUGCUCCUGCUGCUUGGCCUGAGGCGGAGGGCCCCGGGUGUGCCGCAGAGAAAGGAGAGGGUACUAGAGGGGCCCCGGGGCCCCUAUCUCUAGCGGGCCCUUCUUUGUCUCACCCAUCUACACCCUUUCCUGAACGCGAGCAAACAAAAUUUGCUGCUGCAUCAGAAAGGCCUGCUGCAGUAGCAGCUGUUGCUGCUGCAGCAGCUGCUGCAGCAGAUCCCAACAAACCCGCUUGGCCUGGAGACUCCGGCGGGGCCCCACACCACACCAGCAGCACCCAACAGCAGCAGCAACAGCAAACAGAGCAGCAGCAGCAGCAGAGGGCAUGGCCGGGGGGCCCCGAGGCCCCGGUGGAUGGUCGCCGCUUCUCCUUUGGGGACCCCACAGACAAAGGGGGGGCCCCUGCAGCAAGCGAGGGGGGGCCCCUUGUCUCUGCUGCAGCAAACCAAUGCCCUCGUUCGCCUCAAGUGCAGCAGAAAGGUAAACCCUCUUCUAUUGAUAGCAGCAACAAAGUCACAGAACACAAAGAAAAGGGGGGCCCCCAGGGGGCCCCCCAGGAGGCCCCUGCUGCAAACACCUUCUGGGUACCGGUAGAGAGGCCUCAGUCUUCACACAGCUCCCCUCGAAAUGGAGAGGCCCCCAGCGUGACGGGAGGCCCCCAAAGGGCCCCCCAGGGGGCCCCACACGGGGGCCAACAGGGGGGCCCCCAAGGGGGCCCCCAGGGGGCCUCCGAAGGAGACCUGCUGGAUCGUCUGCACCAGCAGCUCGAUGAGAUGGCGUUUAACUUAAACCUCGCAGACCUGUGA